AAGCACCAGCUAGAAGACCCGGCACCAACAUCACUAAUCAGGUCAAUUCACGCAGCACCUCGUUAACAAAGUCCACGGGCACUAGUGUAUCAAAGCCACCCGUAGGGGGCAAUAAGACAGGUGGAGAUACAGGUAGCAAAGGAAAAAGCAAAAGACCGCCAUGGGACCUCAAAGGGCGCCUGCAGGACAUGGAAGCCCUGGUGAAGAACUCAGCAGAAGAACGCGAGAACUUACUGCAGAAGUUCAUGGACUAUGACUUGCGCAUUGAGAGCCUGGAACUGGAGAAGAGGAGCCUUAACCAGAACCUGGAGAAGACGCAGAGUGUAUCUCAGGCCACGCAGGGUGAGGUUGAUCGACUGGCUUCCAAUCUGAGAAAUGAGCAAGAUGGGAGAAGUGCUGACAAGAGGAAAUAUGAAAGUACAAUUCAGGACUUGGAAUUCAAUAAAGCCACACUUGAACGUCAAAUCAAAACGCUGGAGUCAGAACUUUCAGCGAGACAGGAUGAGCUGGCGGGACUAAAGUCAACUGUUUCUCAUCUAACAAGUGCACAUGCUGGCAUUGAAGCUCAGCUGUCGUCUACAAAGAUAAUGCUUGAUGACCGAAGUAAACGAGUAUCGGAGCUUGAGUCUCAGGUUGCCGAGCAGAAAGACACCAUUGAGGACAUGGAGAAAAAGCUGCGUGAAGGAGAAAAUAUCAGGCGGAAGCUUCACAACACCGUCCUUGAAUUGAAGGGUAACAUCCGUGUCUUCUGCCGAGUGAGACCACUGCUUGGGGAAGAGAUCAAGGGAAAUGGAGACAGUGACGUAAUCCAUCAUAUCAGCUUCGUUGAUGAGAAGACACUUGAACUGUGCAAGGGUGGAGAUCCCAACAGCAGCACGAUGUCGGGCCUCAAAGGGCGGGGAGGAGGAGCUAUCGAGUUCUCUUACGACCGAGUCUUCAACCCAACCAGCACUCAGGCUGAAGUGUUUGAGGAGAUUUCACAGCUGGCUCAGUCGGCCCUGGAUGGCUACAAUGUCUGCGUCUUUGCCUACGGACAGACCGGUUCUGGAAAGACCUUCACAAUGGAGGGAAUGCACGGGGACGAGUCGCUGGAGGGGAUGAUCCCGCGCACCGUCAAGCACAUUUUCAAGACCUUGAAGGAUCUCGAAGACAAGGGCUGGACUUACAAGGUAGAGGCAAGCUUUUUGGAAAUCUACAAUGAAACCAUAAGAGAUCUUCUGGCCACGUCCAAGGAAGCCAAGAAUCUUACCUACGACGUGAAGCUUGUUGACAGCAAGAAGAAUGAUACCUAUGUCACCAAUCUGAAGGUGGUUGAAGUAGAGAACGAAGGCCGUGUUCAUCACCUUUUGACUCUAGCGCAGCAGCAGAGAGCUGUAGCUGCCACCAACAUGAAUGAGAGAUCUUCCCGUUCACACUCCGUCUUCCGACUCAAACUUACAGGACACAAUAGUAAAACAAUGGAGUCUUGUGAAGGUAACUUGAAUCUGGUUGACCUGGCUGGAUCAGAGAGACUGAAGGAGUCAGGCUCAGAAGGAGCAAGACUAACAGAAACACAGAACAUCAACAGAUCUCUGUCCAAUCUUGGCAAUGUGAUUAUGGCUCUGGGUCAGAAGCAAAGUCACAUCCCGUAUCGCAACUCCAAACUGACCCACCUUCUACAAAACUCUCUCGGCGGCAAUUCCAAGACACUCAUGUUCGUCAAUGUGUCCCCCUUGGAAAUGUGCUUCGGCGAGACCUUGAACUCCCUCCGCUUCGCAACCAAGGUCAACCAGUGCCACAUUGGAACAGCAACAAAACAGAUCAGGAAAUAAGGCCAUGUAUGUUGGUGAAGCUUGUAUUGUUUGGGUUAUCACUGUUGUUGGUCUUAAUUAUGAACACAGUCUGAUUGAAGUUGGGAGAAAGGUAAUUUGGUUCGUUUAUGAGCGAUGCCUUUAAAAUCCUUCAUUAUUUUUACCUUUACUUCUGUCUCUCCCCCCCCCUAUCUUUUCUUCUUUUUUUUUACUCUACAUGUGUAGUGUUUCUCCACCGUUUAUAGUAAAUGCUUCUAUACAUACUUUGUUUAAUCUUAGUAGGUAUGGUGGCAAUGCAACCACUUGCAGUGCAAAUGUUGUUAGCUUUCACUAGAUGUUAAGAAAUUCAUUGUUUCUGUAGAUUUAACAGAUUGUGAAUGAUUACUUUAUAUAUUUUUUCAUAGAAGAGCCAAGAAACUUUUUAAAUAAUUCAAUAACAACUUUCUGCUAAGGUUAUGGGAGCAUUUUAUUUAUACUUUUAGCUUAAAGUAGAGAGUUUAACAGAAUAUUUCAUCAAAAAAGAAAUAAGUAGAGAAUGGUUCGGAUGUGUAUAUAGCUUGUAUUUUACAGUAUCUCUUCUUCAAUACUCUGUUUUAUUACUUGUAAAGAGUGGCAGUAUGUGUGUAUGUUCAUGAAUGGGUGAUUUAUAAACUCACAUAGGAAGAUGAGGAGAAUGUUGUUUUUCUUUUUCUUUUUCUUUCUUUCUUUUUAAAAUUUGAAUUACAGGUGACUAUUAUCUUAGUCAUGCAUCUGUUUUACUGUCAUAUUUGAUACUUGAUUGUUCUCUUUUCUCUGUUAGGAGGUAAGAUUCAUUUUUAUUAUAGAAUAGUAAUAGAAAUAUUAAUUACAUAAAUGAUCUCUUUAUAUCUGCUUUCAUACAUUUAAGGAACAAAUAUGACCACAUCAUCUUUCUGAUCAUAAAGGAAAGUGUAUAUAUAUGUAUAAUUGCUUAGCUUGGUGUUCCCUAGAGCAAAAAUAACUAAUUUUGGAUGUUUUUUGAAAUAUAGAAGCCAAGUAGUCAUUUUUGUAUAAAAUUAUCCUUGCUUCCUAUUCUGUCUCUUUUUGACACUAGACAAAGAAAUUUAUACCGAUUCUUUCAACCUGUAAAGUUGUCUAAAUCACACAUGGAUAUAAUAAAGGAUUGAAUUGUAUCUUCAACUUUUGUUGUUUUUUGUUUUAUCAUCCAGGAUGUUUAGAUAAACAAAAUCUUAACUGGUUUCUUAGUUUAUUGGCAUGAAAAAGCACACACUUUGAUACAAGAUCAAAAUAAUGAGGGGAUUCAAUGAAUCCAGUCCAUCCUGCAGCUACCAAGGUCCAAAUCUUUUCAUAAUCUUAUACAACAAUGGACCUUAAUAGCAAGGAAGAAAUGUUAAAUACCUAGUACUUUUCUUCAAUACAGAGAACGUCACCUGAAAAUCUUAUAACCUGAAGGCAAAGACUGUAAACAUAGACUUAACAGCCAUAUUUAAUCUAGCAAAACAAAUGAUGUGACGGGGAUGAAUGAUGUUGAAGCCCGGGGGGCGCGUCAGGCACGGGCAUUCACCCCAGUCGCAGGCAAUGCAAGUACCUGACACAGCAACCCAGGCUUGUACUCUCGCAUACCUCGUCACCUAUAGAGUUGCAGCUCUGCUCUCCCAUCACACAGGGUUAGUGGAACGUUGACGAAAGUCAGGGCCAGGUUCAACAUGUCCAAAGAGAAAGUCUUGGCCCAUAUAGAGGCUCCUUUGAUGUAUUUGAUUAUUAUUAUUAUUUAUUUUUUUUGUUCUUUUUCUUUUCUUUUUAUUUUUUUUAAGUUUUUUUUUGAGGGGGGGUAUUUUCUAAAAUAUUUUGUUAACUUUUUUUACUUUUUGCAUGCAUAUUGUUUAAUAAGCUGUAGAUUCCUGAAGGCUAAAAAUGUGUUCAUG